AUGGGAAGUAUACACAAGCAGUUGCUAUUGCACGCUGAAGUACGCUGGUUAUCGCGAGUUCCUGACAAAAAUAAAAAUUGGGUAGUAGACCCUUUUAAUGCAGAUGUCCCUGAUAUAACUGGUUUAACAACAACACAAGAAAAUCAAUUAAUCGAAAUAUCCAGUAAUUCUAAUUUAAAAAGGGUUUUCAAAGAAUCUUCUUUGUCUUCUUUUUGGUUGAGUAUAAGACAAGACUUUCCAGAAAUAUCGGACUCAGCACUAAGGCCAUUGAUGCUUUUUUCAACAACUUAUCUCUGUGAAAAAGGAUUUUCAGCUUAUGUGUACACUAAAAAUAAAUAUAGAAAUCGAUUAAAUAUAGAAUCAGAUUUACGUAUUCAACUUUCUAAUAUAGAUCCUAAAAUACCAGAUUUAGUAUUAAAGAAACAACACCAUCCAUCACAUUAA